GCCAAUGGCAGGGCACAUAUAGACAAACAAUCAUUCACACUCACAGUCAUACCCAUGGACAAUUUUUAGAGUCGCCAAUUAACCUCACUUGCAUGUUUUUGGGAUGUGGGAGGAAACCGGAGUACCCGGAGAAAACCCACACGCACACGGGGAGAACAUGCAAACUCCACACAGAAAUGCCCAAGGGAGAAUCGUACCCAGGUCUUCCCGAUCUCCAGACUGUGACUGUGUGGCCAACGUGCUAACCACUAGACCCCUAAAUACCUACUUUUUAAAAAAUUAUUAUUGUAAAUAUGUAGCUACACUUUCUAUAUAUAUAGUAAUAGGUAGAUCUUUGGGACUUGGUCAUUUUAAAAGUAGCUCGCAGGAUAAAAAAGUGUGAGCACCCCUGCUCUAGAGAGUUGAAGUGAAAGGAAAAGAGGUUAAAUCAGGCAGCAGGAUGCUUUGAUGAAUGAUCUCCAAGAGAUUGUUUUUUGUAUCUUUUCAGGUUACGUUCAAUUACAGGUGGGCUUCGUGUUAACGACAUGGCAUUGGCAGAAGCUACUCCUCGAGGGAAUGGGGCUUUUGGCAGACCCCACGCUUAUAACAACAGAAAACUAGUAUGAGCCAGCUAACAAUGCACGUCAUGGGCGGUACCUAUUUUGAUGCUGAAGCCCUAACAAACAACCCUCAAAAAAGCACCACCAGUUCCAUUUCAAGAUGGACGAACUACGAGCAAGGAUUACAGCUCAAAGUGAGAUCAGGGAAUGCUGUGUCCUCACUUUCACAGAAACCUGGCUGACGGAGGAUAUCCCGGACUCGGCGAUCCAGUUGGAAUCAUUUGCUGCUUACCGGGGAGAUCGGACUUUAGCAUCUGGUAAACACAGAGGUGGCGGCGUCUGUGUUUACGUAAACAAACGGUGGUGCACAGACGUACAGACGAUGGAAAAGCACUGCUCGCAGGACAUUGAGCUGCUGAUGGUGAAAUGCAGACCUUUUUAUUUGCCUCGUGAGUUUAGCGCUGUGUAUUUAACUGCUGUUUACAUCCCACCACAAGCUAACACCGCUAACGCACUAGGCCUCCUGCAUGACAUCAUUGAUAAACACGAGACCAAACACCCAGACACUGUAUUCAUUAUAUCUGGCGAUUUCAACCACUGUAACCUCAGGACUGUCCUCCCCAAAUAUUACCAGCAUGUGAGCUUUCCCACAAGGGAAAAUAACAUCCUGGACCAAGUCUACAGCAACAUGAAAGGUGCUUUGAAGGCUGUUCCAAGACCCCACUUUGGAAAGGCCGACCACAUCUCUAUAUUCCUUUAUCCAACAUACAGACAACUUCUUAAACAAGCUCCCCCUGUAAGUACAGCAGUUAAAGUGUGUAAUGAAGAAACUGAUCAAGUACUUCAGGACUGCUUUGGCUGCACAAACUGGGAUGUGUUUAAAACUGCAGCGGGGAGGGAAGAUUGUACUGUUGAUUUGGAUGAAUAUGCUUCUGCUGUUACUGGCUACAUUAGCACAUGCAUAGAGACUGUUACCACCACCAAGUAUUACAGAAAAUACCCUAACCAAAAACAGUGGAUGAACUGUGAUGUAAGGGCUAAGCUACGUGCUCGUUCAACUGCAUUUGUCAUGGGCACCGCUGAUGACUACAAAAAGGCCAGAUAUGACCUGAGGAGGUCCAUACGAGAGGCCAAAAGCCAGUACAGACAGAAGCUGGAGGGCUACUAUUCCACCUCAGACCCUCGGCGCAUGUGGGCGGGGCUCCAGCACAUCACAGACUACCGACAGCAGAGUAGCGUACCCACGUCCAGCCAAACCACACUUCCUGAUGAGCUGAACGAGUUCUAUGCCCGCUUUGACUCCCAAACUCCUGAUGAGCAGAGAGGGUGGCUGGACUUGGGGAGCACACAGGACUCACCUCUCAUGGUGACAUCAGCUGAUGUGCGCAGGGUUCUAAACAAAACAAACCCACGAAAAGCAGCAGGCACAGACAACAUCUCAGGACGUGCACUUCGGGUUUGCUCAUCAGAGCUAGCUGAUGUGCUUGCUGACAUAUUUAACCUGUCGCUUGCACAAGCAUCUGUACCGACCUGCUUUAAGUCCACCACCAUAGUGCCCGUACCCAAGAAGAGCAACGUGACCUGCUUGAAUGACUAUCGCCCUAUAGCACUCACUCCUAUUGUUAUGAAGUGCUUUGAAAGAUUAGUCAUGACCCACAUCAAAAAGAGCAUCCUGGCGGCAACUGUAGACCCUCUACAGUUUGCAUAUCGCCAGAACCGAUCCACGGAUGAUGCAGUCAACACUGCCAUCCACACAGCCCUUUCUCACCUACAGGGACAGGACACAUAUGUCACAAUGCUAUUUAUAGACUAUAGCUCUGCUUUUAAUACAGUCAGCCCCCACAAACUCACAAAUAAGCUCCUCACACUUGUCCUGUCUCCCUCCCUCUGUAACUGGGUGUUUAACUUUCUCACAGGCAGGCCCCAGUCAGUCAGAGUCCACAAUCGCACAUCCAGCUCAAGAAUUGUGAGCACUGGGACCCCACAGGGGUGUGUGCUGAGUCCGCUCCUCUACACGCUCUUCACCUACGAUUGCGUGGCCUCCCAGAACAACACCAGCAUCAUUAAAUUUGCGGAUGAAACUACAGUCAUCGGACUGAUCACUGGUGGUGUUGAAACAUCAUACAGAAGAGAGGUGGCGGACCUCAUAGCUUGGUGUCGUGAUAACAAUCUCCUUCUCAAUACAGAUAAGACUAAAGAGAUGAUCAUCGACCCAAGAACAAGGGAAAAGGAGCCGCAUAGACCCCUGUUUAUUGGUGAGACUGAGGUGGAGAGGGUGAAAACCUUCAAGUUCCUUGGCACACACAUCAGCGAGGACCUCACCUGGUCUCACAACACCCAACAAAUUCUGAAGAAGUCCCAAAGGAGACUGUACUUCCUGAGAAGACUGAGGAAAUUUGGCAUGUCCACCAUAAUCCUGAGUUGCUCCUACAGAUGCACUAUGGAAAGUGUCCUUACCGCCUCCAUCACUGUUUGGUACGGUAACUGUACAACACGUGAUAGGAAGGCACUCCAGCGGGUGAUCAAGACCUCACAGAACAUUGUUGGGGCAGCCCUCCCCUCACUGCAAGACAUUUAUAAAACUAGAGUCCUACGAAGAACACACAACCUCAUCAAGGACAGCACACAUCCACAACACUCAUUAUUCACACUCCUACCGUCAGGCAGACGCUACAGGAGUUUGAAGUCCAGGACCACAAGGCUGGCAAACAGCUUUUACCCACAGGCCAUCAGGCUUCUCAACGAAGCACUCACACACGCAACACAAGCACACACUCAUAGCACUUUAUUUAUUUAUUUGUAUUAUUUAUUUGUAUUAAUGUCUCUUCUGUUUUGUUGCUUAAUUUAUUGGUAUAUAUGUUUAUGUGUUUAUGUUUCUUAUGUUCUUAUUCUUUCUUGUGUUUUCUUUCUUUUCUUGGGAGAAUGAACAGAAUAAGAUUUUCAUUGCAUAGUAUAACUGCUGUUUUACCAUGCACAUGACAAUAAAACUCUCUUGAAUCUCUUGAAUCUUGAUUUCUGUAACUGACCUGUGUAUUAACCAAGCUACACUGAUAUUGUUAUUGUAGCAGCUAACACAAAAAUCUAUGUUUAUUUGGCGGAGUAACACGACGCCUCAAGCCACUGCAAUGGGACGGAUGGAAGAGUGGAUACCACUCGCUCUAAAUUUUGCUACAAAGACUCAACAAGAUGGUUGUUCGCGGUCAACAUUUUUUACCUGAGGACCGGAGCACAAGUCUCGUGCUGGGAGACAGCCAUCCCAGUGAGAGCGGACACUGGAAGAGUCGUCGCUGUUUGUAUGCAGCUGUUGGUGAAGGAAGUCGAAAUAAGACCCCCCCAUGACGUGCAUUGUUCGCUGGCUCAUUUUCUCUCCUUAGAACGCACAGUAAAAGGAAAGAAAUAUGUGUUCAUGUUUCACAUAAGGAUUUUGGAUGAUGGGCAAAAUUCCCCCAAAAAGUACACCUUUCUUUUAAAGGAAAAGCCCAUCCAUCAUCCACAGUCCUUAUGUGAGACAUACAUGGAAUGUGACAAACCUAUCCCGCCUAUAGACUUUCAAAAAGAGCCUGCAAAAGUUACAGCGACAUUGGGCCUCAUUCAUGAAACGUUCUUACGCACAAAUGUGUUCUUAAAGCCUUCUUACGGAGAUUUUUGGCAUUCACGAAACAUGUUCUUAACUCACAGUUCUUAGAUCUAAGAACAAAUUCCACGAACGCUCAGGAGGACUCUUACGCACAAUCAAAGCUUGCACUUUAAAUGCGCAAUCGCCCUCAUGAUGGAUUUUGCAACCUGAUCCCAAAAAAAGUAGUGCAAAUAAAAUAUCCCAACAAUUAUUUAUCAUCAAAAAAACUAAAAUAUACUCCAUGGAUAAAUAUAUAUUCAAAUCCCAAUUCAUUCAUCCAUUUCCCUACCUCAAUCGCAAACGGUAUCACUCAAUUAAUAUCCAAAUAAUCUCAGAUUCGCAACAAGAUUCUGAAUGUUGUUGCAAGUUUCCCUGGAGGUACACACGACUCCUACAUUUUCCGAAAUUCCUCCGUUGGAAUGCACCUGAGUCAUGGCGCAGCAUGUGACGGAUGGUUAAUCGGUGCGGAAAAUGUUAAUUUCUUGCCUUUUGCAUGUUGUUAUGUGGCCAUUAACUUAUUUUACAGGUGAUCGAGGCUAUGCCCUGGCACCUUGGCUCAUGACACCAUUGAAUAAUCCGUAGACCCCACAAGAACAAAUGUACAACCAAAAGCACAAACGUACACGCUCCUGCGCACCAUCGGUGUACUCAAGGGACGCUGGAUGUGUUUGGACACUGCAGGUGGAAGGCUGCUCUACAAACAAGAAAAGGUACAGUAGGUUUUGUAGUAUUUAAUAUUAGGUUUUAGUUUAAUUAUGCUUUGGAAUGGCAAAAAAAUAAGAGGCAAACAUUCUGAUUCUUUGUGAAGGCUCUCAUUAAUCCAGGAAUUCUCCAUUGUAAAUAUGUUUUAUUUGGUCAACUGGAUAAAUCAUUGAUUCUCUGUUGUUGCAGGUGUGCAGGAUCAUAAUGGCCUGCUUGCAUAACAUCGCAAUGAAACGUGGUGUGCCUAUUGUGCACGUAGCACCCCCAGAUAACGACAUGCGCCCCCAGCCACGUCUUGAGCCAGAGCACGGGGCUGCUGAAUUAAUUAGGCAGCGUCUAAUCAAAUGUAACCACAGAAAAAAUACAUUGUCACACACAAACUAUGUAUUUUGACUUUAUUUUUCCAUCAUGAUUGUGUAAAUAUUUUCUAGAGUUUCCGAAAUGGUUUGGUUUCUGAUUGAUGGCCCACCUCCCGUUUCCUCCAGAUCCCUCCGGUGCAGUCCAAUCUUUUUUUUUAGUCUAUUUUAAGUCAAACCACUUCUUUUUAACCUCUGCGGUUGCACGUUUCUCCGUGGAAACGGCAUUUAUGUUUCCUGCAAUGGUGCUCCAUGCCGACUCUUUUUGGAUGGCCUGGUGACCGGUGGAUACACGUGAAAAUAAGGUGGUCUUGUGUUGGCUCACUCCUUGUAAAAGCAUCUCUAUUUCAGUACAAUUGAAGUUUUUCUUCUGUUUGUUGUCCAGCUGCUCCUCAGUCUUGCCCUUGCACGUUGCCAUCUCCGCCUCCAGCUGCCUGUUGCGCACGGCACACUUGUUACCUUAUAUAGGAAAUAAUAGGCGGUGACCUAUGCAAAUUAGGCCUCACAUGCACGUGCAUUGCAGUUGGCAUUCAUCAACCUAAGAACAGCGGUGCGAACGAUUAUCCCUACUUAAGAACGUGUCGUGAAUGUGGCGCAGUUUCCAACCCGCGCCUUCUUAAGUACACUUCUUAAGAAGACUUUUAAGAAGAUGUUCGGAAAUGAGGCCCAUUGUUAUUAUUAUUGUUAUUAUCAUUGUUAUGCCCAAGAACUACGCCACUUGUGACACCUCUCCACUAGCCGGCUAGUGACUAACUUCGCCGCACACUCGUUCACAAUGCUUGGGGCCACUGGCGAAAGGCAGCGCUACAUGUUGGAGCUGCCUCCACUGCUGCCAUGCUUGUUAGCUUUUCCAAGGUAAAAAAACAAACGCUCCAUUCUAUGUUGCUGUCUCCAUUCUAUGUUGUUCUGCGCCCACGAACAAAGCUCUACUAAUGUUUCACAUGACCAAAAUACGGCAAAAUAUACUGUAAGUAUUAGAUGUUAUGUGCAUGUUACUACAUGCUCGCAGCAUGGAUAUAAAACCAUAAAACUUGUUGGAGGUUGGAGGUUUUAAUAGUGGGCUUCUGAGGCGGAAUAGGUGUGUCCCAUUAAUUAGCUGACUCUUUUUUGCUGUUUUUGUAUCUGUAGCAUGCACAGAAAAGAGAAAGGCGUGCCUUCAUAAGGUUUGUGGAUGAUGGGCAAAAUUCCCCAAAAAGUGCACUUUUCUUUUAAGGAAUUUAGCAAAACAUGUUGUGAAAGAGCAACUGUUAAAGAACCUCGGGUCUAGUUGACAUCUUAUUUGAUGCCGUUUGAGUUUCCAGAAAGAUUUAUUCUACAAUAUAAUUACCCCCUCUUGGGGUUCCCAAAAGCCCCAAAAGUUGCAUGCUUGGUCCAGGCCGCUCAGCUGCUGCAACCACCAUGAAGGGUAAAGAUGAUAUCUUUGAACAAGUGAAAGGAUGUGCUCCUAUGAAAUGGACAGUAAUAACUAAGCACUGUAGUGCUCUCAUUAUUGACACUCUCCCUCCCUUGCAAAGCCCCUUCCAGCGUACCAUUUUUAUUCGAUUUAAUAUUUGUUUGACUGUGUUUUAUAUGCUCUUCAUGUGUUCUGUGUACAGAGGGACUUAUUUAGUUAUCUUUUAGGUAUGAGUUUCCACUUGCACCAAAACUUAGCUUAGGUCACCAGCGUAGGAAGAGAACUUGUACGGAGACCGAGGACCUUCUGUGUUUAUUUUUUUUAUGGCGUUGCUCUUUUCUGUAUUUGUACGCCUUCAGCAGAAAAAUCUCCGUUAGUUCCACGUCUUUUACUCGUCUUUGUCUCUCUCGUCCCGUUCUUCUUCUCAUCCCCACCUGGACAUCCAGCGUUUAUUGUCGCCAUUCAGUUCCUUUCCAUGUGAAAAAAUUGCUUUUCCUGACAGGAAGAUACAUUUGUCUUCCACUAUAUGGACGGUCGAAAUAACUUUUUCCCAAAUGUUUCCCCGCAAAAAUACCCCGAUCAGGUAUUUGUGCAACAUUGGCUCAAAUGUCUUCUGUGGGGCUUUUCUUGGACAUAGUCGACGUCCUCGCCUCUUAAAUCCUCUCCAUGGUCCCAUCUGUUUGUCUCCCAGACAGACGCCGGAGCAGAAGCCCAGCCUGAAGACAUAUGGACGUCGCUUUUGCUUCACUGCUUCAAUAACGGUGCUUUAAAUGACACCCAAACUGUCCAAGAACUUUCACCAAGAUUUCCGUCAUGUAAAGGUCGCCCAGAUAUUACAGAACUGAUUUCUAAGGACAUCGUCACAGUAAUAUGUGUUUUUGGGCACCGAAGGUGAUAAACGCCUAUCAUCUACUGCCCUUGAUGGCUCCACUUUUGAGAGAAGAAUCACUUUUCAAGUUGGCCCCAAUUGCAAGAGCAGC